ACCAUCCGUCCCUAUCAAUCGGCCAGUUCUCAAAUCUCGAACCCUGAACUAACCUUCCUUCUGAUCGCGCGGUUCCCAUGGCUCUCUCUAACGCAGCUUCUGCAUCUUCCCUAUCCAAUCUCCUCAAGCCACUCGUCGCCGGCGUCUCGUACUCAUCCUCUCUCCGCCGCUCGAUCUCGUCGGCUGCCGAUGACUCUGCCACGCUCACCGUCGAGACAUCCAUCCCCUUCACGGCCCACAACUGCGAUGAGCCGUCGCGUUCUGUUCAGACUAGUCCCAAGGAGCUUCUUGGCUUCUUCCGCAACAUGGCAUUGAUGCGCCGGAUGGAAAUUGCUGCUGACUCUCUCUACAAGGCUAAGUUGAUCCGCGGAUUUUGUCAUCUCUAUGAUGGUCAGGAAGCCGUUGCUGUGGGAAUGGAGGCUGCGAUUACGAAGAAGGAUGCGAUUAUUACUGCUUAUCGGGAUCACUGUACUUACCUUUGUCGCGGAGGAACGCUUCUGGAGAUUUUCGCGGAGCUAAUGGGCCGUCAGGGUGGGUGCUCGAGGGGUAAAGGUGGCUCUAUGCAUUUCUAUAAGAAGGACGCUGGGUUUUAUGGCGGCCAUGGUAUUGUUGGGGCUCAGGUACCUCUUGGAUGUGGAGUGGCCUUUGCGCAGAAGUAUUCCAAGGAUGGGACUGCUACUUUUUCUCUUUAUGGCGAUGGCGCGGCCAAUCAGGGUCAGUUAUUUGAGGCGCUUAAUAUCUCUGCGCUUUGGGAUCUGCCUGCCAUUUUCGUCUGCGAGAAUAACCAUUAUGGUAUGGGGACUGCUGAGUGGAGAGCAGCGAAGAGUCCAGCUUAUUAUAAACGUGGGGACUACGUUCCUGGAUUGAAAUUGGAUGGUAUGGAUGCACUAGCUGUCAAACAGGCUUGCAAGUUUGCGAAGGAGCAUGCUUUGAAGAAUGGACCAAUUAUUCUCGAAAUGGACACCUAUAGGUAUCAUGGUCAUUCUAUGUCUGAUCCAGGUAGCACAUACCGAACACGUGAUGAGAUCUCUGGCGUUAGACAGGAACGUGAUCCCAUUGAAAGAAUAAGAAAACUAGUAUUAUCCUAUGAUCUGGCCACUGAAAAGGAGCUAAAGGAUGUUGAGAAGGAAGUCAGAAAAGAAGUCGAUGAUGCGAUCGCUCAAGCCAAGGAAAAUCCUUUGCCAGAUCCUUCUGAACUCUUCACAAACGUGUACGUGAAAGGUUUUGGAACCGAGUCAUACGGAGCAGAUAGGAAAGAAGUGAGAGCUGUGCUUCCAUGAUUUAUUUAACAUUGAAGUGUUUGAGAGCUCUGGUCGGGACCUCCAAAGUUGACCUUAUUUUACCCAACAGAGGCAAAAGGAAUAAUUAGGAGGUUUGGUUGAAGAUGUUAUUUUUUUCACUUGGAUUAGUGAAUAUAUUUUGUUUUCCCUUCCAUUAAUGGGAAAUACUUGAGUGACUUUGCCUUUGCCUUCAAAUAUUGAAGCCUAAAUGUCGGUAUAGUCAUUUGGAACUGUGAAAAAUAUGCUUCUUUUGCCCCUCACAUGAACUUUCACAAUAAAGAGGCUGAUCUUCUGGGUUCACUUUUUACACACA